AAAGAAAAAAUGUUUUUGAGUGUGUGUUCCUUUUCUAACCAAAAUUGACAUUUUCAUUGCAACCUAUUUCCUAUGUCAAAACAGCGUUAUUUUUGUCUGACAUUCUUUUCCUAUUGCUUCAUUUCCGCCAUAGCUGAAUAGUACUUUCGUUUUAGUUGCGUUAAAGAGAAGAUGGCGGCUGCACCUCAUGAUUUUACAUUGCCUGUUUUCAAAUUUCUAUGUAGAGAAGGAUCCAACGGCCUCAAUAUAUAUUCUAUUGUUGAAAACUUAUCUCAUAGUAGCAACGAUCUGCAUUUGAAUUUAUCAUACGUCAGGAAGGUAAUUAAUAAUCCAGAACGCUUCCACCAAGACGACGGUACCAUUUACCCUAAAACUUUUCUGCGAAUUUGUGGCCACCCAGUAAAUCACGAUAAAAAUUGUACGUCCUUACACCUAUGUAAGUUUUAUCUAUUAAGUGAUACCUGCACGUACGGUAAGAAAUGUAUAUAUGGUCACAACUUUGAGAGCGAACAUAACAUGAAAAUAUUAAAAGAACAUGAACUUAAUAAUUUAAGCCUUGACGAAGUGCGCGGUUUAUUAAAAACGCGCUGUAAUCGUACAUCGGAGACCACACCUCUUUUAUGUAUAUAUCACAACAGUCAUGAGAAAUGUCGAAAGGAUGUGAACUGUCACUGCAUUCACAUUUGUAAAAAGUUUUUAGAUUCCAAAUGUCAAGGGAAAAAUUGUAAUAGAAAUCACGAUAUUGACAACCAAGUGACGACCGUUUUGGAGAAAUUUGGAUUCGAUACAGAUUUAGACGAGGAAUCAAUAAUCGAAUUGAUAAAAACUGUCACCGAAUUAAAAUUUGAAGAAGUACAAGCCCCGUCUUGUGUCCCAUCAAAGCCCAAACAUAAACAGGAAACGUCUGAAUUUUGUCGUUACUUCUUAAAGGGAGGAUGUUCACGUGAAAAUUGUAAGUUUAUUCACUCUAGACAUCCUUAUAUGUGGUGCUACUAUGAAGAACAAUGGCUUAACUUUCCUGAGCAGGUCAACGAACAAAUCGAAAAGCAAUACGCUGACCCGAACCUAAAGACCGCUACUUUGUUUCAGCAACACAAUGAUAUAUCUGAGAUUAAUUUUGAGAAAAUGUUGGCUUCCAAACUUGAUGGUGAACACUUGAAGAUAGAGAGAAAGCAAGCAUCUCACAGCAGCAUAAAUUGGGUUUGGUACUGGAGAGCUAAGCCUGAAACUUGGAUUGAAAUGAGUAAAUCGGGAAUUGAAGAAGAAAAUAAAAUCAUUGAAAAGUCCUUCAAUUCAAAAACAAAUCUGAAGCUACAUUUUAAAGAAUCAAAUACCUAUGCAGUACUGGAUGUUAAAAAGAUGGUAUUGAUUCAUAAAUCUAUUCCGUAUCCAGUUUGCCGCCGUCCAGAAAAGAAAGAUUAAAGUUUAUCUACAACAAAUCCUUUUUUUUUCUCAAGAGAAUUUCAUGAUUUUUUUGUUGUUGUUGUUUUAAUUGAUCAAAACUUUCUAAGGCAAUUACUUCUAAUUUUUAACUUAACAUUGCAGUUGAUUGUACAUUAGAUUAUUGAAUAAAUUUAAUUGGAAUAAAAGUGGAAUAUAAUUAACAUA